UGUGACGACACGAUACUGCAACACCAUUGGGACAUUUGAAAAUCACCAUUGAAUCAAGAUACACCAGUUUCUCUGCUUGGAUGACUACCUCCACGCCUUCAGAGCCCCAAGACUCCCCCAUUCACCAAUCCUCCUCCACCCAAGCCCGCCUCCACCAACAGUCCUCCAUCAUGCUCCGCGAGCAGCCGAAAGAAGUUGACCUCCUGAUCCUCGGCGCAGGCUGGACAGCCACCUUCCUUAUCCCGCUCCUCGAGACAGAAAAAAUCCCCUACGCAGCCACCACAACCACUGGACGAGACAGCACCAUACCUUUCAAAUUCAACCCAGACUCCGGCUCCGCAGAGCCCUACAAGACGCUCCCAAAAGCCAAGACCAUCCUCAUCACCUUCCCGCUCACCGGGAAAGGCCCCUCGAAAGUGCUCACCGGGCUCUACCGCUCCGUCCACGGCGCAAAAAACCACUGGAUCCAGCUUGGCCACACGGGGAUAUUCAAUCAGCUGCCGGACUCGUACUCGGACGACGACUCGCCGUACGACAAGAGCAACGAGCGCGCCAUCGCCGAGGACGAGCUGAGGCAGCUGGGCGGCACGGCGCUGAAUCUCUCUGGCUUGUACGGCGGCUCGCGCGUCCCCCGGUCAUGGCUUCCGCGGCUCGGGCAGAGCAAGGACGAUGUGCGCAAGCGUGGCGCCGUGCACUUCAUCCACGGCGAGGACGUCGCGAGAGCGAUCGUCGCGAGCCACAGACACCCUACCCCGGGGAAGCGGUGGAUCUUGGCGGACCUGAGGGUGUACGAUUGGUAUGAUUUGAUCAUGAGCUUCAGUGCUAUGGCGGAGGGGGAGGAAAGCGCGCAGGAAGAGGAGACGAGGCAGCAGUUUGCGAAGUGGGUGGGCGAGCUGAUGCUGGAGGAGGAUGUGAGGGCGCUGCCAAGGGAGAUGGAUAAGCUGGGGCGCAAGUUGGAUUCGAGGGGGUUCUGGAAGGAGCAUGGGAUUUGGCCGCGGCAUCAGAGGUUGGGUUAGGCGAGGCGGCUUGUUGCGAGAUGAGUGCAUUGGAAAAGAAAGAAAGGUAGCACACUGUUGCCGUUCUCACACAGUUCGGCGUAUCGACGCUCUCUUCUACUAUGGCUAAUGCGUCAAUGUCACGUUGCAGUACAAAACAGGAUAAAACUAAUGACUCGAUAUGCAUAAUCAGAUAGUCUAUCAAACCACGC